GACUAGCAGGGAUGCCCACUGUCUCUAGUCGACACCAAAGAAAGGGGGCGAGGAGAUCGAGAAGGAGCGACCCAUGUAACUCAUCGAUUCCGGCCAGAGAUCGCCGGAGGAGGGUUUCACUUUGGGAAUGGCGUCGGAGGAGCGGCCAGAUUGCGCGUCGCCGGAGGUCGGGACGACCGCCGACGGAGCGAAUCAUCUGCUUGUCAGAGAAGUAAAAGAUUCACCUGAUUGGUUGCCUUCUGGUUGGGUUUUGGAGACUAGAACUCAAAAGAAUGGGGCAUAUGCAGGACGAGAGAUAAAGUGCUAUUACAAUCCAUCUACUGGAUCCAGAUUCUACUCAAAGAAACAGGUAUUUCGGCAUCUUAAUGCCAGAAAGGAUUUUAGUCCUACAAUCAGAGAGACAAGGAGUAUCACCUCAAGUAACAUGAAGAAACCUUGCACUUCAACCAGUCAAGAGAAGAGCAUCAAGGAGAGCUCCUCCAACAAUGCUCCAACUGGAUAUGGUUCAAACGAGUUACCUCAUGGGUGGAUUAAGGAGAUAAGGUUCAGAAAGUACAAACGAGGAAAACCUGUAAAUGAAACGUUAUACAUUGAUCCAGAUGGUGAAUAUGCAUUUCGCUCCUUAAAGGAUGCAUUUCGGUAUAUUGAAACUGGAGAUGUCAAUAAAUGUGCAAGCAAACCACAGAAAAGGAGUAUACGUGAGUUGCAUACUGUAGAAAGGGAACUACAUCCCGCUGCUGCAGCCAAAAGAUUACACUGGCGAAGAGAUGCCUCAAGGAGAUGCCUCUUUCCAGAAAAAGGUACUGAUUCAGAUGUGAAGAUGGCAACAGAGAUCAACAAAUCGCCUCAGUGGUCAAAUUUGCCUCCCUCAGGCACAAAAGUAGCUGAUUCAUUACAUGUCAGGCACUUUGAUGGAGUUGCAUUUACAGGCCAAACAUUAGAUCUGGGAAAGGAGAAAUUGUCAGAACCAGCAAUAGGAAAGCCAUCAGACUCUGUUAAUGAUAAGCUGUCUGAUGCAAUGAUUGAAGCACCUAAAGCAUCACAAGAAUGUUCCCAGUUGAAGCAAUUUUUUCUUAAUGAUGAAUGCCUCUCCAACGGGUUUGAUGAGAUGCAGCAAGCAAAUAUGAGACAAGUAAAGCAUGUACCGUUGGUGCCUCUCCGACAGCAGAAUGGAAAUCUACUAGCUCCAGAGACUAACUCGUUGGAUGAAACAAACUUAACGCUCAAGAAUGAGGAGCAAUCUGAACCUAAGAAGAGCAGAGGAAGACACAAGCGUGGCUUCACGAGAGCCAAGGCCAUAAAGCCAAUGAAGAUGCCACUCCGAGCAUCUAAACGAUUGGCUGCACUUAGGGGCAACCAAAUGUCAAACUCUGGAGCCAUUCAAAGGUCUAAUGGGAACAAAUCAGCUUCAGUUUUGGCUCAGAGCGCUCAAUCUGAUCUAGUUAACAAAAGAGUCCACCAGAAAAAUGUGACACCCAUAAUAGACCUUGAACAAUCAGACGAUCUUGAGAGCCACAAGCAUGCAAGUGAAGAAUCAAAUGCCAAAAAACAGGUUCAAUCGGGAAGAUCUAGCAGUGAAAAACCAUUGGCACCGUACAGAUCACCAUUCGGUGACUCUUGGCCAGACCCAUGCCUUGAAUUUGCUUUCAAGAUGCUUACAAGUGACAUUCCCGUUUUUGAGGAAACUGGGGACAUUCAGGAAUAUUUCCAUCAGGCACUGCUCUCGACAAAGAACUCAAUUCUUGGUGGACCAGCUUCAUUGACUAAGUUCACAAGCUCAAGCCAGAGUGAGAAUCUUGUACAGAUGGAGCCAUGGGGGACACAAGUGUGCUUCAGGAGUGAUGGAAGUGCAUGUUCCUUGCAGAAAGGCCAGCAGUCCAGCAAGAAGGCAACCUAAGUGGUUUUGUUUAAACUGGUAUAUUACUGUAGCACUAAAACUCUUCCAACUUUGAUACUGCAGCCUGGUGCAUUUUGAGGCCAUGUUGUAAAACUAGCAAUUUUUUGUAUCAUUUUAGCAGACUGGUGGAAUCGACUCUUAACCUUAAGCUUGCCGUUCCGGUCAGGCUUAUGGCUUAUGACAGCAUAGCUGCUCAAGUUGUGCGUUUUAUGACCAUCUUUUUCCAUGACCUGUGAAGUCAGCUUGGUGCAAUUUCCUUGUUUAA